AUGGCCGACCACUUGCUUUUCGAGAGCUCUAUGGGCUACUCACUCUACAAAGUUGUCCACAAGGCCGAUGCUGUCGGCAACAGACUCAAAGAGGUCCAAGACAGCGUGCAGGACCUUGCCAAAUUUGGCAAAAUGGUUGACCUUGUCAGCUUUCUGCCUUUCGAAACAGGUAAACAAGCGCUUGAGGAGCUUCACGACGUCUCCGAGGGCAUCGCUUCGGAAUUCCUGCGAGCUUUUCUCGAACUGAACCUGCCAAGUGGUGGAAAGAAGGGCAAAGUAGUCCUGGGUGUCUCGGACAAGAAUCUGGCUGGCAGCAUCAAGACGCACUUCCCAAAGAUCGAAUGCGAAACCAGUGACACCAAUGAGGUGGUGGCGGAUAUGCUACGAGGCAUCCGCCUGCAUUCGGAGAAGAUGAUCAAGAAAUUGCGCGAGGGAGACACAGGCACCGCACAACUUGGUCUCGGUCACGCCUACUCCCGAGCAAAGGUCAAGUUCUCGGUUCAAAAGAACGACAACCAUAUCAUCCAAGCCAUUGCGAUUCUCGACCAACUCGACAAGGCCAUUAAUACCUUUUCUAUGCGCGUUCGCGAGUGGUAUGGAUGGCAUUUCCCCGAACUGGUCAAGAUUGUGUCGGACAACCACAAGUAUGCCCAGACGGCGUUGUUCAUCAAGGACAAGAAGACUCUCACCGAUGAGAGCAUACAUGAUCUUGCCGCCAUUGUGGAUGACGACGAAGACAUUGCAAAGAGCAUCAUCAAUACAGCCAAAAUCAGCAUGGGUCAAGACAUCUCACCUACAGAUAUGGAGAAUGUCACGCUAUUCGCACAACGAGUGGUCAGCCUCGCCAACUACCGCAAGACACUUUACAGCUAUCUAGUGUCGAAAAUGAGCGUGGUGGCUCCCAACCUCGCCGCGCUCAUCGGCGAGAUUGUCGGUGCGCGACUGAUCUCCCAUGCUGGCAGUCUUACCAACCUUUCCAAAUACCCGGCAUCUACGGUGCAAAUCCUUGGUGCAGAGAAGGCGCUCUUCCGUGCUCUAAAGACCAAGGGCAACACCCCUAAAUACGGCUUGCUCUACCACUCAUCAUUCAUCGGUCGCGCAGGCCAGAAAAACAAGGGCCGCAUCUCCAGAUUCCUCGCGAACAAGUGCUCGAUCGCAUCUCGAAUCGACAACUUCAGCGAAACCCCAAACACAGUCUUUGGCGCGGCGCUGAGGAAGCAAGUCGAGGAGCGCCUAGACUUCUACUCAAGUGGCACGCAGCCUACAAAGAACGAGACCGCUAUGAAAGACGCCAUGAACACAGUCCUGGCCCAACUCGACCUCGACGACGAGCCCAAAGCCGACGUUGACGAGGAGAUGUUCGACGUCGAGCCUACGGCCGUGCAGAAGAAGGAGAAGCGCAAGAAGGACAAGUCCGAGAAGAAAGAUAAGGACAAGAGCAGCAAAAAGAAGCGCGAGUCUGACGUCGGCGGCGCCGAUGCAGAUGCCGAUGCCGAUGCAGUCAGUGACAAGAAGCGCAAACACGCCGACGUCGACGGCGAGGGCGAGAAGAAGAAGAAAAAGAAGAAGUCCCUGUCAUGA